CACACUUCGUAUAUACCGUCCUCAGAGGUCCUACCGCGUGUAAACAGACAUUAGUUCACUGUCUUAUUAAGCGAGGCGUAACGUAUAGUAAGUACUGUAUACAUGUAGGGCGUCGGGAGUCGUGUAACAGUCAUUCUAUGUUGGCUAAACGAGUUCCCUGUAUUUGUGAAUGUGCAGAACAGGUGUACUUUCUAUCAAACUAUGGGACUACUGAGAAGAGUGUUCUGGACACGAAACACAAAAUGGCAGGAAAAGGUAUUUAUUCUCACUGUCGUUAUGGUAGUCUGUGUAACAGGAAUGAUCAAUCUGAGACCGCAUUACUUUGUGAGGCAGAUGGAACACAAACACAACUCUCGCAAUGUCAUUAUAACGAAGAAAAUAACGUCAGAUUAUAAUUAUGUAUCGGAGGAUUUUCAUUCAAAAAUAUUUAAUUCAAGUUAUUGUUUAGACAUCUCGAAAUCGCCGACAAGGACAAACUUAAAUGUUGGUUUUGAUAGAACCAAAAACCGGCUACAUCCCAUCAGAUACUUUCCGCCGGAAGUUAACAUUAGCGAAUCGGAGAAACAACGUAUUUUGCGCCUACUUCCGGACGAUUUCCUCCAUACGAAUGCUCCGUCAGAUCGAGUUUACGAACAAUUAGAAUAUGUGCCGAGAACUUACUCCAGUAAAUCGGAUAUCAAAGUUGUGUAUAUUUGGCACAUGGAAAAAUGGACAAACGUUCCCACGGGAUUAGAAUUCUUCAAGCACUGCAAGGUGAACCGCUGUAGUUUAACCCACGAGAGAAGUGCGGAGGCCACGGCUGAUGCUGUUGUGUUUGCUAAUUCUGGAUUUCUACCGUUAUCACCACCUUUUCAAAAAUCAUCUUCUAAACAAAUUGCAAUUUUAAACAUCAAUGAGAGUCCAGAUAGAUCGUGGCCAAUGAAUAACUAUAAAAACUUUUUCAACUGGACAAACACGUAUAGAGUAGACUCUACAAUUUAUGAUCCCUAUUUCAAAAUUGGACGGAAUUGUUGGACGCCUCCUGAUAUCCCGACCCCAGGUCGCAAUUUCGCCGAGGGCCGGACCAAAAAGGUCGCUUGGAUGGUUUCUAACUGCAAUAUUGUAAAGAGUGGACGUAUGGAGUAUGCAAGAGAACUGGGUAAACACGUGCAAGUGGACAUUUACGGGCACUGUGGUCCACUGUCUUGUCCAGCGUCCAAACACAAAGAAUGCGUCGAAAUGACCAGGAGGGACUACAAGUUCUACCUGUCGUUUGAGAACCACAAAUGCCACGACUAUUUGACGGAGAAAGUGAUGAACGCUUACGAUGCGGAGCUGAUACCCAUAGUAUUAGGAGCCAGGAAGGAAGACUACGCCCAAGUAUUACCUAAACAUUCUUACAUCCAUGUGGAAGACUUCGAGUCCACUCAAAAGCUAGGCGAAUAUUUAAAUCUGUUGGACAAAAAUGACACCUUAUAUAAUGAAUAUUUCAAAUGGAAAGAGACAGGAGAUAAAAUCAUCGAUGAUUUGAAUUGGUGCAGAGUCUGUACACUUCUCCAUGAAACGUCACUUCCGUUAAUGUGGUAUGAGGACAUCCAACAUUGGUGGAAGCCAGAUGGAGCCUGCAAUGGUGCUAAAAAAUGGGAUUGAUUGUUUUUUCUUUUCUUUCUUUUUUUCUUUUUUUUUCAACAACUUCACAAAGAGAGAAUGGGAGGGUGGAAUUUUAAACAUUCAUCAGUGAAUUAUUUUGUCUCCAAAUCUAUACAGGUGCUAUAAUUUGCCGAUAUCUAUCGAUAAUGCCAGAUUACUGCAGUAGACAUGUCCGUCAGAUAUAUGUCAAUGCAUGUAUAGUCAUAACCCAUACCCGGAUGUGUUCAAAUGGCUAAGGCCAGUGUAGCCUAAGGCAUUACUGACCAGGCGAAAAGAAAUAGUGACUAUAACGCUGGACCAAGUUUAUAUACUCGGACUAUACAUAUAUCGCUGUUGGCAAGUAACACCCUAGGCUCAAAUGAUGGUUGCCAAAAUACCAGGAAGUACGGUAUGUACUAUUUUACUCCGAGGACGGUUUAACCAUUUUCCGGACACAAGGGAAUAUGAUACGGAUGUCUGUUAUUUGUGUACGUUGGUAUCCAACUUUCGUACCAGUGUUUGUGGGUGUUUGGUUUUUUAUUUUAUUUAGCAUCGUCUAUAGAGCACAAUUUCCAUACAAACACGUUUCUAUACAAAAAAGGAUUUCGGAAACAUUCGUUUUCGAUAUUGAAUAUGAUUCAACAAAACAUUCUGAUAAUACUAUUUUCCACGUGGAGCCAUGGAAUUACGAUUACGAUUCGGACGACGAAUUGUUGACAACUCCAUCAUCACUGAAAGUAGCAUCAACUCGAACAUAUUCAGUCUCGACAUCGGCUAAAAUAACAGCAUCAUCUUCUACGGAAAGGUCAAGUGCGCUGCCACCUAAAGAACCUACUGAACUAACAACUAAAUUCCAGGGAAGGACUUUUCAGAAAAUAGCGACUCUGGAAAUUUAUGAUUCAAAGUUUACAGACGAAUUUGACCACGGUGUGUCUCGUGACAUACUGGACCUACUGCCUGUUCGGACUCACAUUUUAGACAUGUCAAUCCCUGAAAAAGAUGUGAAAUAUAACGCUGGACGAAUUUUCCAUCAACUGAAUCACGUGUCAAUAAAGUAUAACUCCGCCAAUGUCAAGGUUGUUUAUCUCUCAGGAAAGCAAGGUUUUUGGCACCAUCCGCCAGGGAUGGCGGCGUUUGAGCAGUGUCGUAUAAAGGCAUGUAAGAUAACAUACGAUACAAAACAUGGAGCUGACGCUGACGCAGUUGUGUUUAGUAACCCUGGGCAACUUCCACGGAUACCUCCAUUUCCGAGGAAGUCUCCGAAUCAAGUAUGGGCGGUAUCUAUGAUUGAGUGCCCAAUGAAUUCUAGGACGCUGAAAAAGUACAACGGACUUUUUAAUUGGACCAUGACUUAUCGAACUGAUUCAGUGAUAGAAACACCGUAUUUCAAAUACCAGAAAUAUAAGGACGUUUACACUAAGACAAACAUUACGACAAAUUACGCCAAUAGGAAGACAAAAAAGGUUGCUUGGUUAGUUUCUAAUUGCAUGAUGACAAGAAGUGGGAGGAUGGCUUACGCUAAAAAACUUGCCAAAUAUAUUGAAGUAGAUAUCUAUGGUGCAUGCGGAACAAAACGCUGCCCCCAGAUAGAGGAUGAAAAAUGUAUGCGCAUGCUCGAGACUGAUUACAAGUUUUACUUGGCAUUCGAAAACACCAAAUGUCUGGAUUACGUCACCGAAAAAGCCGUCAAGGCGUUAAA